AUGGUGAUGAAAACUGUGGAUUUACGAUCAGACACAGUGACUAGACCAACCAAUGCGAUGCGAGAAGCAAUGGCUAAUGCAGAAGUGGACGAUGACGUCCUUGGCUACGACCCAACGGCUCGACGUCUUGAAGAGGAAAUGGCUAAAAUGAUGGGGAAAGAGGCUGCUCUGUUCGUGCCAUCCGGGACAAUGGGGAAUCUGAUAAGUGUGAUGGUUCACUGUGACGUGAGAGGCAGUGAAGUGAUUCUUGGUGACAAUUGUCACAUCCAUCUUUACGAGAAUGGAGGGAUUUCGACAGUCGGAGGAGUUCAUCCAAGAACAGUCAAGAAUGAAGAAGACGGGACAAUGGACUUAGCGGCGAUAGAAGCAGCCAUCAGAGAUCCUAAAGGAAGCACAUUUUAUCCAUCAACAAAGUUGAUUUGCUUGGAGAACACACACGCCAACUGUGGUGGGAGAUGUUUGAGUGUGGAAUAUACAGAGAAGGUCGGAGAGAUUGCGAAGAGACAUGGUUUAAAGCUUCAUAUCGACGGGGCUCGCCUUUUCAAUGCUUCCAUCGCACUUGGAGUUCCAGUCCAUACGCUUGUAAAGGCAGCUGACUCCGUUUCGAUGUGUCUCUCUAAAGGUCUUGGAGCUCCGAUAGGAUCAGUAAUCGUUGGUUCACAGAGUUUCAUAGAAAAGGCGAAAACGUUAAGGAAAACAUUAGGUGGAGGAAUGAGACAAGUAGGCAUUUUGUGCGCAGCCGCUUUGGUCGCACUACAAGAAAACAUUCCAAAGCUACAACUUGACCACAAGAAGGCAAAGUUGUUAGCUGAAGGGUUGAAUCAAAUGAAAGGGAUUAGAGUAAACGUUGCAGCUGUGGAGACCAACAUGAUUUUCAUGGAUAUGGAGGAUGGAUCAAGACUUACUGCUGAGAAACUGCGUAAGAGUCUAGAGGAGCAUGGCAUUCUCGUUAUCCCGGAAAACUCAUCCCGGAUCAGAAUGGUUAUACACCACCAGAUAACAACAAAUGAUGUGCAUUACACAUUAUCUUGCUUACAACAAGCAGUACAAAUGAUAUAA